CUCUUCAAUACUGCCAGCUGCAACUUUUGUCAGCGCACAGCUGCCAUUCUUUCUCUCUCUCACACACGCGCACACACAGACACACAAUCUCGAUUCAUUAAAAGUCAAGAGAGGCGGCUGGAUGAUGUCAUAUCCGUGAAGAAGGGUCUCUGAGCGCUGCUCGGAUUUUCGCUGCAUGCCCAGAAACUUUUUUCCCUCCCUCCUUGCAGCGAGGAGCUGUCUCCCCGCUGCCCAUAUGGCAUGCGUAACGGGGACGAGUGGAUGGAUGUGCCCCCUUCUUCCUUUGCGGGAAGCCGCGGUGUGCACCAGCGCGUAGUGGACGUGUUGGCGGCGGCGGAGGCGGCGACUGCCCACGGACAAAAACUUGCGUGAACAUUUUUUUUGUUGUUGUUGUUGUUGUUGCAGUCGCGGAGGAGGUGGAGGAGGGAAACCAGCGUCAGCAGCCAGAAUGUGGUCGCUGUCCGCGGUCCUGAACCCGCUGCUGUUUCUCCUGUUGUUCGGAUACUGCCCUUCAGUGACCAUCAGGCCAAAGGAGGGGUGGCAGGUGUACAGCUCCGCUCAGGAUGCAGAUGGGCGUUGUAUCUGCACAGUGGUGGCACCUGAACAGAAUCUGUGCUCCAGAGAUGCCAAAGGCAGACAGCUUCGCCAGCUCCUGGAGAAGGUGCAGAACAUGUCGCAGUCAAUCGAGGUGCUGAACCUGCGGACGCAGAGGGACUUUCAGUACAUCAUGAGGAUGGAGAGCCAGAUCAAAGGCCUGCGGUCAAAGUUCCGCCAGAUCGAAUCGGACAGGAAGACGCUCGUCAACAAAAACUUUCAGGAGCUGAAGGGAAAGAUGGAGUCCUUGCAGCCGCUGAUCCCCGUCCUGGAGCAGUACAAGACAGACGCCAAGCUCAUCUCCCAGUUCAAAGAGGAGAUCAGAAACCUGUCUGGGGUGUUGAUGGGCAUCCAGGAGGAGAUGGGAGCUUACGACUAUGAGGAGCUGCAACAGAAGGUCCUAAACUUGGAAAACAGGCUCCGGAAUUGUAUGAGCAAACUCACGUGCGGAAAGCUGAUGAAGAUCACUGGUCCGCUGACAGUGAAAACGUCAGGGACCAGAUUCGGAGCCUGGAUGACUGACCCACUGGCUUCUCCCAAAAACAACAGGGUCUGGUACAUGGACAGCUACACCAACAACAAGAUAGUAAAAGAGUUUAAAUCCAUUACGGAUUUUGUGGCAGGAGUCGAAUCCAGAACCUACAACCUCCCUUUCAAAUGGGCCGGAACCAACCACGUGGUGUACAACGACUCUCUGUACUACAACAAGAUGCAGAGCAACAUCAUCGUGAGGUACAGCUUCGAGACGGGCCGCGUGGUCACACAGAGGGCCCUGGAGUCUGCCGGCUUCCACAACGUGUACCCGUACACCUGGGGGGGCUUCUCAGACAUCGACCUGAUGGCGGACGAGCUGGGCCUGUGGGCCGUGUACGCGACCAACCAGAACGCCGGGAACAUCGUCAUCAGCCAGCUGAACCCAGACACGCUGCAGAUCCUCAACACGUGGAACACUGAAUACUCAAAGAGGAACGCCGGCGAGUCUUUCAUGAUCUGCGGGACUCUCUACAUCACCAACUCCCACCUGACUGGUGCCAAGGUAUACUACGCCUAUUCCACCAAAACCUCCACGUACGAGUACACAGACAUUCCCUUCCAUAACCAGUACUUUCACAUGUCCAUGCUGGACUACAACGCAAGGGACCGCGCACUGUACGGCUGGAACAACGGCCACCAGGUCCUGUUUAAUGUCACACUUUUCCACAUCAUUAAAACUGAGGAUGACUCUUAAAGAAAGAAAAAAAAAAACUUUACACAUGAAAAACACUGUACGACAUUAAAAAAGAAAAAGGAAAGUUGUGCCUGAAUGUUAAUUUAUCUCUCUUUUCCUGAUUAGUUUUAUGCAUUUUAUUUAUAUAUUGAGCUGUUAACCUGUUUUCAUAUGAUGAGUUUGGUGAUUCAAGUGGAAACGUGACAUUUGGUUAACAAAAUAAAUGACAGCUGAAAAACUGAAGAAUAAUUGAUGAAGCGCACUUCGACCACGUUAUACACUAAAUAAUGGUACUUUUACUCUUACCAAUGACCUUCGAGUCAUUUACGAACGUCCAUUAUUUUCAUUUUCAAAUGAAAGCUUUUGGAGAAUAAAGCCGUCGUGUUUAUAAUGGUUUUCUCGUUCAGUGCUGCAUUUAUACAGUCCUCCUAAUUCGUUCAUAUUUUGACUCAUUAAUUGUUCGUCUUGUUUCCAUUCUUCCCUCGCCGUUCAUUCAUUAUGAUUUAUUCCUGCCUUUCACGGCCUCCACUUAGAGUUCAAUUUGUCAUUGUGCUUUUUCUCUCCAAAAGUUUUUGCACUUGACCUUGUACGAGACGACGAGGAAGGUGGUGAACCAUAAUGCACCUGUGUAAUUAAUGUGUUUGGCUUUACUGUGUCUAUGAAGAUUCUCAGUCAUCCAAGUCACAGGGCGACUUCAAGUACUUAGUCCAAGUACUUAGCGAGCCCCCACCCUCAAAACAAAAAAAAUAAAACAAAAAAAAUAAAACAAAAAAAUAUCUGGUUGCUUUUAACUUGGUACACUGAGAUAUUAGCUUUUAUUUUGUAACUUCAGCGGUGGUUCGUAUGCCUUAUUAGGUGCAGUAUCUUCUGUAAGCCCAAGGAUAAGAGCUCUCGUGCAUGAAUGUUGGCUAUCCUAAAUAGCAUUUCUACUGUGACUGUACAUCUGUGUAUUUUGUAUCUGCACAACAUCCCAUUCUCCUCCUCUCUCGCUAUAGUAAAAGGUCCAUUUAUACAGACGGUGUGAUUUAAUAAACAUCCAUUUGUGUAAAUAAGAAGUUAUACAUGACCAGAAUAAAAGUAUUGUUUUCAUUAA